AUGGACACGACACCACAAGAAAUACAGAUAAAUGUCAAGGGACCGAGCGAGCUCAAGUUGCAGAUCACAAUCAGUACUGACAAGACUGUGCUCGACCUCAAGCAUGCCAUCGCAGAAAAGUCUGAAGUAGAGGCUGAUAGACAGAGGCUUAUAUACUCCGGCCGAGUAUUGAAGGAUGACGAUGUCCUCUCGACGUACAAAAUUCAAACAUCUCACACCAUCCACAUGGUCAAGGGCGUCGCUCGUUCAAACGCAUCCGCCUCUCAAACCUCCUCCGCCUCAGUCCCCCCUCUCCCCACAAUGCAAGCCGGCCAGAAUCCCCACGACCCAUUGACUCAACUCAACUCUCACCUCGGCUACGGUGCCCUCGCCGGUUUCAACCCAUUCGCGGAAAUGGGUUUGAACCCAAACGAUCCUAACAUGAUGCAAUCAAUGAUGCAGAGUCCCCAAUUCCUCCAACAGAUGAGCAACGUCAUGAGCAAUCCCGCAGUCCUCGACCAACUCAUCGCCAGCAAUCCCCAGCUCGCUGCUAUGGCCCCUCAAGUCCGUGAAGUAUUCCAGAGCGAGAGGUUCAGAGAGAUGAUAUCAAAUCCUGAAUCCUUCCGCUCGAUGCUACAGAUGGCAUCAGCAUUCCAAGGUAUGGGUGGAGGCGCAGGUGCCAGUCCAUUUGGUGGGGCAUUCGGCUUCCCCGGCGCAGCAGGAGGCGGUGCAGCGUUCCCGGCACCAGGCGCUCCAUCUACAGCGCCCGCAUCAACUACCUCCCCCUCCUCUACCUCCCCCACUGGUACCCAACCAGCUCCAAAUCCCUUUGCAGCAUUUUUCCCUCCCGUCCCGCCAGCAAGCGCGGGGGCUGGUGCAGGCGCAGGCACCAACCCAUUCGGCAUGUUUGACCCCGCGGCGCUAGCACAAAUGCAAUCCGCCUUUGGUGGUGGUGGUGGUGGUGGUGGCGGUCUUGGCGGGCUCGGAGGCUUCAGUGCACCUCCUGCUGCACCCGCAGAUUCGCGGUCACCUGAAGAACGUUUCCAGGUGCAGUUGCAGCAAUUACAAGAUAUGGGCUUCACAAAUGGAUCGCAGAAUGUUCGGGCCCUGCUUGCGACUGGCGGAAAUGUGAAUUCGGCGAUCGAAUAUAUAUUAACCGGAGGAGGACUGUGA